GAAACAAAUCGUUGAAAGACAGAAGACUCUCCGAGCCGCACCGUGCUUUCUGCGCCAUGUCGUCCAUCUACUUCGACCAUGACCUGCCACUGUCGGACUACACGGCCGUGCGAUGCAUCGCUUGGAGUACCGGCGAGGAGAUGCCACUUUUGGCGGUGGCCGACGGCUGCGUCUUACGCAUCUUCCGAGAGGGAGAGGAGCUGGCAGACUUCGCGCAGGAGCGCGCCGUGCCCUGCACCGCGCUGGCGUGGCAUCCCACCUCCAAGGUGAUCUGCGCCGGCUGGGAGGACGGCGCCGUGACCUUCGCGGGCCCCGCCUGCCACGCGCGGAACGACCAGGACGUGCACCGCGAGUCGCCGAUCCUGAGCAUCGUCUUCAAUCCGGCGGGCACACGCUGCGUCACCACCGACAUGCAGGGCGUGGUGGGCGUUUGGAAGACCGACCAGCGAGGCCUCUGCAAUCAGAUGUGUCACUAUCGCAAGUCCGGUGCACACGACAAGGUGAUCUUCCGCACGACCACGCCCUCGGGGGAGCCCAACUUGGAGAACCCGCCCUUCUUCUUCGGAGGCGAGCAGGGCAUCAUUUACCUGGCCGACGACUUCGGCCUUUGCUCCGAGCGCUACAAGAUCGGAUCGCCCUUGCUGCUCUUGGAGUACUACAGCGAAAAGGACGUGGUGGUGCUCGUCACCAAGAGCGUGAUCCUGGUGCAAUUCUCCCUCUCGGCGGAUGGCAAGGUCACCAACGAAUCCAAGCUGAAACUCUCCUGUGGUCCAACGCCUGAGAAGCUGCAGGGAUGUUGGGCUGGGCCCGGAUUGCUGGCCACGUGCAGCCACGAGAGCAUCUUGCGCAUCUGGAACCUGGCAGACGACGAGAACUACAUCUUGAGCCUGCAGGGUGUGGACGAGAGGAAUAGCCUCAGUGGGGACAAGGUCACCAGCGUGGAUUACAACCCCCGGAAGCAGGUCUUGGCCUGCGGAACGCGUGGAGGGAAGAUGGUGCAGUGGCGCUCCAGCACCCUUUCCGGGAUCCCCAAGUCCGAAGCCAACUGGCAAGUGCUCCCGGUGGUGUCCGUGGGCGACUGCGCGGUGGAUCGUUUGACCUGGGGUCCCGGCGAAAGCUUGAUCCACGCGCGGACUGAGCGCUCGAGCGUCAUCUUGAGCGAAGCGCAACUGAACACCGCCGUCCAGGCACCGCUGAUGGCGGUGCAAACGGCGCCCAUGGAGAUCUUGCUGUACCACACCGAGCGACAGGUGCAUGUCGGCCUGACGGCCCAUUUCAGAGUGAAGGGCUUGGGCGUGGGCACUGGGACCGUCUUGCUGUGGAACAACAAGCAGGUGAUGUUGUACGACGUGGACGUGACGUUUCAGCCCACGGUGCUCAGCCAGUUCAGCCGCUCCAACGAGAUGACCUCCGCCGCGCUGAUCUGUCAAGGGCACUACCGGAGCGUGGCCAUCGCCGCGGGGGCGAAGAUCGAAAUCACCAACCAACAAGGCGUGGUGCAGAAGACGAUCCAAUUCUCCGAGGAGGUGGAAGGCUUGCCCAUCUCGUUGGACGUCUCAGGUGGCUUCUUGGUGGCCUCCACAUCGCUGAACUUCCUCAGACUGUGGAACGUCUCGAAGACCACGCCGAAGCAGUUGGGCGCCACGCGGAAGUUCGAAGGCUUCAGUGAGCAGCCCUUGGGCGAAAUCCGUUCAGUACGAGUCAACAAGGAUGGUACGCGUGUCUCUUUGUUGGUGGACCAGCGCCUGAAUGCGGAUGGCUUGCCCUCGGAGAGGGGCACGCUCAAGGUCCCGGAUGCUCGGAUCUUCGUCUACGACACGGACUCCGACAACUUCUUGGAGUACCAGGUGGGUCAAUCUUGCGUGCCCGUGGCGCACUGUUGGGACAGCACGGAUUCCAGGUUGCUUUGUUGUGAAGUGGUUCCACAAGCAUUGGCCUAUUGUCCACACCAACCGGAUCCCAAAGCCAACGACGCCUCCGCGCCCAGCCAUUCAGCAAUGACCCUCUUCAUUGCCAAUGCCGAACAGAUUUUGCUCCAAGACAGCAUCAGCUGUCUGGACCCCGAGAACCACAGCCUCACGCGGAUGCCCGCGGGACUCAUCGUGCCCUACGUCUACUUCUCACGCCCCACGGCCAACGCCGAGGAGGCGCCCAUCACCCGCGCUGUGCUGCGCGACUUCGCCGGCCUCGAGAACAUGGAUGAGGAGACCACUGCGGCCUUGCUGAACUUCUCCUAUCACUUGGCCUGUGGCAACACCGAUGAGGCCUACAAGAGCGUGAAGGGCGUUCGCUCCAGUAACGUCUGGGAGAGCAUGAGCAAGAUGUGCGUGAAGACGGGGCGCCUCGACGUGGCUCAGAAGUGCCUGGGGCAGAUGUCCCAUGCUCGGGCCGCCGGAGCGUUGCGGCAGUGCCACGAGCUGGAGCCCGAGGCUCGCUUGGCCGUCGUGGCAGUGCAUUUGGACAUGAUCGAAGAUGCGGAACAGCUGCUGAAGCAGUGUGGCAGAUACGAUCUUCUGAACCAACUCUACCAGGCCAGCGGCAGCUGGGAGAAGGCCCUGGAAGUGGCGAAGACCAAGGAUCGGAUCCAUCUGAAGCCCACACACUACGCCUACGCGCAGCACCUGGAAGCCCUGGAAGAUGUCCAAGGUGCUUUGACCCACUACGAGUUCUCCGGGACCUAUCGCACGGAGUCGCCGCGGCUCUUGUGUUCCAUGGGCCUCACGGAGGACCUGAGCAACUACGUGGAGCAGAGCGACGACUCCCAGCUCCAUCGUUGGUACGCGCAAUUCCUGGAGUCCAAAGCCGACUUGGAUGGUGCGGCCCGAGAAUACAAGAAGGCCAAUGACUGGCUGAGCCUCUGCCGUGUCGCUUGCUUCAACGAGGACCUGGACCGUGCGCAGCGGAUCUGCGAAGAUUCGCAGGACCAGGCGGCCUGCUAUCACCUGGCCAGGCACUUGGAAGCGGCAGGGCACUUCAAAGAGGCGAUGCACUACUUCCAGAUGGCGGGUCGUGCUUCCCAUGCCAUCCGACUGGCACAGGAGAACCAGUAUGAUGGAGACCUCAUGAGCUUAGCCUUGGCGAGCGACCCACAGAGCAUGGCAGCAGCGGCCAAGUACUACGAGCAGAAGGGACAACCCUCCAAGGCGGUGAUUCUCUACCAGAAGAGUGGGCAGCAGAAGAGGGCGCUGGAGCUCUGCUUCUCCGCGCGGCUCUUCGACGCGCUGCGGAAGAUCAGCGACGAGCUCAACGCCGAAAGCGAUCCGACGAUUUUGGCGAAGUGCGCCGAGUUCUUCAUGCAGCACGAGCAGCACGAAAAGGCGGUGCAUCUGCUCUCGAUCUCCAAGCAGUUCGAGCGUGCCGUGCAGCUCUGCGCGGAGCACGAUGUGCAGAUCACCGAGGAGAUGGCCGAGCGGAUGACCCCAGAGAAGAACAGCAUGGACCCAGCGGCCCGCUCGGAGGUCUUGCAGGAGAUCGGGAAGCUGUGCCGAAAGCAGGGCUCCUUCCAGUUAGCGUGCAAGAAGUUCACGCAGGCGGGCGACAAGUUGAAAGCCAUGAAGAGUUUGCUGAACAGCAACGAUACAGAGAAGAUCAUUUUCUUCGCCGGCACCGCGCGGCAGCCGGAGAUCUACAUCUUGGCAGGCAACUACUUGCAGAGCUUGGACUGGCACAACGACCCAGAGAUCAUGAAGAACAUCAUCCAGUUCUACAGUAAAGCGAAAGCCUGGGACAAGUUGGCCGCCUUCUACGAUGCCUGUGCCCAGGUGGAGAUCGAUGAGUAUCGGGACUACGACAAGGCUGCAGGUGCUCUGCGAGAAGCCUUGAAGUACAUGACCAAGGCGACGGGCGAGGGCGACGAGCGCGUGGCCUCGCUGCAGCAGCGCAUCGCCCUGGUGGAUCAGUUCGCCAACGUGCGACAGAUGGCCAAGACGGAGCCGGACCAGAUGGUGGCCACCUGCGAGCACAUGGUGGAGAUGCCCGAGAUCGAAUCCGCAGUGCGGAUCGGCGACAUCUUCGCGCAGCUGGUGGAGUACUACGGCGAGAUGGGGGAUUAUCAUUCCGCACACAGGACGGUGGAGCGCAUGCGACAGCGGAAUAUCGUCCUCACGCCCUACCUGGACCGGUCGCUGCUGGAGACCAUCUACCGCAGCGUGGGCCAGUCUUUACCCGAGGAUGCAGAGCCGGAACCACCACAGGAAGAUGUGGAGGAGGAAAUCCCGGAAGAUUGAGCAGGUGACGAGAGAAGGACGUGAAGAGGGUACUUGGAGGGGUCUCAGCAUUGGUAAGAAGCCUUGC